AUGGAGGUUUCGACGAGAAAGCCUUAUUUUAUAGAAGAAGAAGAAGACGAUGGAAUGGCUUCUCUAGCUGAAAUGGAAGCUGGAGUUUCGAGUCCUUCUUAUUACAACAACAUGACGAAGAUGAAUCACUUCCAUCCUCAGAGCUAUUACUACAACCAGUACUCUGUCUCAUCGCCCAGAUCUGUUGUUGUUUCUCCAAAAUCCCAUGAUUUUCGAUUCGACAAUAGCUUUUACUACGGACAACCACUUGCUCAUUUCUUGGACUCUUGCUCCCUCUGCAAGAAGCGUCUUGGUGAUAACAGAGAUAUCUACAUGUACAGAGGAGACACACCGUUCUGUAGCGAAGAGUGCAGAGAGGAACAGAUAAAGAGAGACGAAGCAAACGAGAAGAAACAGAAUCUGUCUUCUUCUGUGAAAGCUAUGAGAAGAAAUGAAAAAAGAAGCUCUUCAUCUUCUCCAACUAGAUCUCGUGAUUAUGCUUUUCACAAUGGAACUGGAACUGUUGCUGCUGCUUAA